AGGGAUCUUGGAGGCAUCAACCCAUCUUCAAAGCCUCUACCCCUCAAACGUUCGCAAACUGACGCCAAAGACCAAGAGGAUCUCUCAUCCAUCACGAAACAAUACAUAACAGAAUUCGAUUCCUUAGAAACCCUAAAAAUUUCAGAAUCCAAAAAGCUGAUUAUCCCCCCAAUAGCCAACGAAUGGAGGCCUCACAAGAAGAUGACAGACCUAGAUCUUCCGUCCCAAUCCGCCCGUCCAGAUAAUCUCGAUUUUGAACAGGACCCUAUUAUCUCCUCUGGCGAGACCGAUUCCUCCAUAUCCUACGGCCUGAAUCUACGGUGGUCCAUAAACAAUGGUGCGAUUGUCGAGCCGAGGUCGCCUCCGCGGCCAGAGUCGAGACAGAAGCUGAUGUUACAGAAAUUGAAAGAUGAUUUGCAGAGGCUACCGGAGGAUAAUGGGUUCAAUGAAUUUACCGAUAUACCCGUGAAAGAGUUUGGGAAAGCGCUUCUCAGUGGGUAUGGUUGGUACGAGGGUAGAGGUAUUGGGAGGAAUGCACAAGAAGAUGUAAAAGUGGUUGAAUAUACAGGGAGAACUGGCAGACAAGGCCUAGGUUUUGUUGGUGAAAUACCCAAAGAGAAAGUAAAGACAUAAAACGAGGUAGAGAGCAAAGGGGCACUACUGAUAAAGUAAGGGGAAAAAGGGUGCGUUUUAAUGUGGGUAGGGAAGUUUGCGCCUUGAACAAAUUGCUGAGUACAUUGGAGAUCCGAUGUUUUUUGAUUUCAAGGUAUUUUGAGUUAUAUGUUACAUCAACCUAUGUUAACUUAUUGGAAUCUCUUUGUGCUGUUAUGUUUUGUUAUAUUUUAAAUUGUGCUUGGUGCUUCAUUGAUUUUGAUGUCCUCUUUUCUUUCAAUCAAUAACAGGGAAGUGUAUCAAUGAAAUAAAAUACACGCGGGGUAAGAACUGGCCCGAGAAAGAAAGAGUAUAUAAGACAUGAGAAUUCAAAUUACACAUCACAUAUAGAUUUCUAAUAUAGCCUUAUUAAGAAUAAUAGGAUACCCAAAAACUCGAGAGACUCCGAAACCCAUCGAGCACCAGUACUGCAUAACUACCACGAAAACUAUAUUACGACUGUUGCAAAGAUGUAACCAUCAUUCAGUCAUAUCCAACUCUUAUCCAUUUGUGGCCUCAUUUUUCAUAACUCUAUUUAUAUUAAUUCUGGAGUCGCAAAUACAACUAAAUACCAACUUUGUAAUUGUUCGAAAAACCACAUAAAGUGAUUAAGUUUUAGAACAAUAUCUCAUUAAGUGAAAUCAGCUGUUCAAAAAGAAAUCCCUAAACCACCCGCUGCUAAAGUGAGAGACCAUGAACUGCAUUGAUAAUAUACAGUUAGUUUUCAUUCCAUGUCCUAAUCCGCUCUCAUCAUGACAUUCAUUGUGACUACGCUAAGAAUUGUAUCACAAUUGGUCAUAACACAACCAUUUUGCACUUGGAUCAACUUUUAGGUGGAAUGGUGUCAAGUAGAGAUGACAAUGCUUGCACUAAAGAUUAGAACCCAAGAUGUCUCAGAAGGAUAAAUGUCAUCAUUUUGUCAAUUCUGGCUUCAUGCCAUGAUUUUCUUUCUCUUGUUCGGCUUGUUGAUGGGACCCAAUCUUUAUCAGAAUAGAAAAUAGUUUGAACUUUUUCAGCUUAUUAUGAAAUUUUUUUUGUAGGUUUUUAUGGUAUGUUCUCUGAAAACACGGAGAUCAACUACAUUGAGAAAUUUAUGUUGGCUUGCAAAGAUCUUUUCUAACAAAAUCUCGCAUCCAGAUGCAUUGAAUGAUGUUUGGACUACGCUUAGACCUUCCCAUCCUUAAAUGCAACUUUACACUUGCGGGUUUGGACGGUUGUGGUUUGAUCAUCAUUUAUUUCAGAGUAGUUUUAAAAAUUACUGGCAAGAAAGUUGUGUUUAAGGAUGGGAAGGUCACAGGUUUAUGGAGAAUAGGAGUAUUUAAACCAAAUUUGAAAGUUAAUUCUACUAAGUUGCUACUUUUAAGCAAACUUGCAGGUGGGAAUGUUUUGUUUCAUUUUCUGUUACUUAUCAGUUUGAUUAAUUUUCAAAGUUUUUGUUAGGAAUAAAUACUUGUUUAAUAUUGGUUGUGUAAGGAACAUAUCUGUUUGUAAAGAGGAUUCAGUGCACAUAGUGUUGGUUUCUGUUUUCUGUAGUGGCUAUGUUUGUGUUUAUGUUGUAUUUUUUAUUUGGCAUUUGAUUGGCAAAGCAUGUAUCUGCAUGGAGGGAAGAAAGAGGAGCUACCAUUGGAACUGGAGGUAUCCAAGCAGAGCAUGUUGCAGCAGACUGGAUUGUGCCCAUGUGCAGCUUAUCUGAUUGGGGAUUGGGUUUGGUUGGUCACAACCCUCUGGUAGUUGGUAUAUGCAAGAAAUUUCUCUGAUAUGCUUGUAUGUUCCUAUAAUGAAGAAAAUGCAUAGGUAAUUGUUUUUUUGUUGCAGAUGAUGCUUAAUUUUUCGUUUCAAUGUAUGAAUUUUCAAGCUAAAGAUAUAGAAAGAUUGGUUAAGCCUGGAAGAGGGUUGAGAAAGAAGAUUCAGAAACUUCUCCUACUUGGUAUACAUAACUCGGGCCAUGGUUCUUUUUUGUAAAUUUUUUUUUUGUUUUUAGUUACAUUUUAUUCUUGAUGUUCGUAGAGUUCAAUAGAGCAACUAAAAAUAAAGCUUAGGCAUCUCUUAAUUUUGCUGCUUGUGCUAUGUUAAAACUAAGGUUACAACCUAUUGUUUUGCUAAAAUUGUACCUGCCAUGGAGAUUUACAUUUAUGAAAGC